GUGUUGAAAUCCGCAGUAGCGGUACCAACAUUACAUUUUACGUAGAAAUUUGUCUCGCGGAAAGUAACAGCAGACGAUCUACUAUCAGUAUAAAAUGUGUAUGAAGGUUAAUACAUGUGCAUUACCGUGAAGUUGAAUUAGACAAUUCGUGAGCCUGGAGAAGUAAGAGAUCUGCCUUCUGAAACUAUACAUACUGUUAUCGGAUAUUUUGUACCGUCCGUCAGUGUUCACAUAUAAUAGUAACUGAAGCACCUAGCCGACAUAAGAGAUCAUAAAUAAAACAGGAAAAUUGAUAUGGCUGGAAGUCCGGUCAUUAUCGCUGCCACCGCGAAGCAUACGGCCACGGUUAUUUUCCUACAUGGCCUUGGUGAUACAGGGCAUGGAUGGGCAAGUGGAAUGGGAGCGAUAAGGUCAUCUCAUGUCAAAGUAAUUUGCCCAACGGCCCCCACAAUGCCAGUUACACUAAAUGGUGGAUUUAGAAUGCCGUCAUGGUUUGAUUUACGAACUUUGGAUGCAAAUGGGCCUGAGGAUGAAGAAGGUAUAAAACGUGCAACAGAAUUAGUGCACGGUAUGAUUGAACAGGAAGUAAAAGCUGGUAUACCUUCAAAUCGCAUUGUCCUGGGAGGCUUCUCACAAGGAGGUGCCUUGGCACUAUAUUCAGCUCUCAAGUUUCCAAAACCACUGGCAGGAGUUAUAGCUCUCUCUUGUUGGCUACCUCUUCACAAGCAGUUUCCAGCUGCAGCUGUUGCGAACAAAGAUAUUCCUUAUAUACAAUGCCAUGGAGACUGUGAUCCCAUUGUACCUUAUAAAUGGGGGCAGAUGACUGCCUCUCUCUUGAAACAAUUCCUUAGACAAAUUGAAUUCAAGACAUAUCGAGGAAUGAUGCACUCAUCGUCUGAUGAGGAAAUAUUGGACUUGAAAGCUUUCCUGGAGAAAGUAAUUCCACCACAGUGAAGAUUCCAUUAAAAACAAAUUACUCUAGAUGAAUUUUUUCAGAAGCUGCAGCUAGAGACAACUAUGUAGUAUUAAAUUUCACAUUUCACACAGCAGGCGAGGGAAAUACUAUGGAAUGGAUUUUAACGUAACUCUGAAGAACUGAGUACACUCAAGCCUUAUAACUUCUCCUGCAACAUAGUUUUUGCAAAAAUGACACUGAACAUAAGACAUCCGUACCAGUUUUAAGACAAAUGAAUCUUUAGGCUACAUAUUCUACAGUCAGUUUUAUUGCUGAAAAUAUAUGUAAGUAGAACUAUCUUGCAAUGCAAAUUCUUUUACAGUGAUGAUUUUGUAUAAUUUCACAGUUUUUAUAUCUGAGUAUUUUUGGAAAUGCCUGUGACUAAAAAGAAAAACAAAAUAUAUUUGUUGUAGAGUUAUUAAAAAAAGAAGAAUUUCUAUGAAGAAUUUAAGACAGCAGUGUACAUACAGCAGGUAAAUAGCAUUGCAUUACUUCAUUGAGGCAUGAAUCAUUUUUAAUACAUUCUUUGGGGAUGAGUAGUUUAGAAACAUUAAAAUUUUCUGAUAUUUUGGAUAAAAAUGGACAUUAGUAUGAACUAGCAGAAACCUAAAAAUAAAAAUGUAUGACACUAUACAUUGAUAGAUGUUUAACAAGCAUUUCAAAUUGCAGAACUUCUUAAAUAUGUGCCUCUGAAAUUUAAAGUAAUGCCUGUUUUUACCACAAUAUAACUUAUUUUUGUUUAGUACAAAUACACCAUGCAUUGCAACAUUGUAAUUAUUGUAUUAAUUGCAUUGGAACUUGGUAUCAGAUCUGUAAAUUAAUUGUUGAAUUAAUUAGUUUUUAACAGCAAAUGUAGAUAAUAUACAGUUCAUGCACCAUUUCCUAUCUCCCCCUCUCGUUUUGCCCUAUGUGUCAUAUUAUGGACAUGUGCUGUAAUAAAAAGGUUCUAGAAAGCAACUUAAUUGUCUUCCUAUUACUGUUACAUUAAUUUUAGUUGUUCUUUGAUGUAAUUAUAAAGGUAGCCCAUAAAACAUUAAAACAAUCAAGUGAAGACAUGUUAGGCAGUAAUUUCAUAGGGGUUUUGAGAGUUUGCUUUCACACUGCUAAGAGCACCUGUACCUGCUCACAUUAACAUUCUGCCAUUACAGCACACUAUUUAAUUGUGCACAGUUGUUAUUUUAUCCAUUUACUGAUUCAAAUUUAAGAAAAUCAGAAAUAAAGUGUGUUCUGAACAUUGAAACAAUGCUGCCUUACUUAUUAGUGUCACUUCCUGAUGCCAAUAUGUUGAACUGUGCACCCGUCUAUCACUGACUUGGUAUGUUAUGUAUGUCAUAUGCUCAGAGAUAGGAGAGUGUUUCUGGUUAUUGGAAUAAAGCUGCACAAUCUAGUCACAAUUAUUUUUCCUUUUAAUGAAGCAUUCCUUGGUAUUUUUACAUUUGUGCACAGACCACUAUCACAAAACCAAAUAUAAACAAGAAAGCUAUAGUAAACAUACUGGCUGUGUACUUUAUGCUAGUAUGCCUGUGUAAGCAACUUCUGCUUAUUUACAAUAUAUAUUUGAAAAACAAAUAUUUGUCAAAGUAAUAUUGUAAUAUUAGUUCAGGAACACUACAAGAUUAAGCACUAAACAAUAUUUAUUUAUUUACUUUCCUGGCACUUCAGGGUGAUUAGAUAUUGCUUUUUGUAAAGAAUCAGUAGACCCAUUUGACUGAACCUUGAGUCUUUUUACAUAUUCCUGUAUUACAGUCAAAUGUACCUGCCUUUACAGCCUAUAAUCGACCUGCAGUAUUAAGGACUUACAUUGUAAUUAUUUACAUAAAUCUAAUUAGCUGAGUAAGUUGGUAGUCAACAAGCACAUUUAGUAAAUUUAUUCAUUGUUUGUCAGUAGGUGUAUGUUUCUGUGGACAUAAUUACCACGGCAGGGUUGUAAGUGCUGGCAUAAUUGUCAUUAAUUGCAUUUUUUGUAUAGCAUGAAUUUAUUAGUGCCACUUGUUUCAUGAGAAACUUCAUUCAACAAACUACUUCAUGUAAAUUUAUCCAUUUUUUGUAAGAUUUUGUGGCUUUUAUGUUACAAAAUUAUUUGUUAAUAAAAUUCAUGUUUGUGUAUCAACAUUUGUGUUCAGCAGAAUUUUAACAUCUGCCUUGUAAGUAAAAAACAAAAAAAAUGUUGCUGUGAUCUGUACUAUAUGUUUACAUUAUUGUUCUUAAAAUUUUGUUCCAAAGUUGUUCUAGUAUUACAAAUUAAAAGAUUUUGUCAGUAGUAUUAGUACAUUGUUAUAUGGAACUGACUUGUUAACUGAGAGGUAUGCGAGAGCAGGAGAGAAAAUGUAAAGGAGCAAUAAAUAAAUAAAUAUGUAAUUUUUAUAGACUUGUAAGAACACUACUGUAAAUAUGUUAUGUAUUUUUUGGAGUGCUAUUCAUUAUCCCUAACAUCCAUUAAGCUCUUCUCAGAACUCACUGAGGAAAAGCACAGCUGUGGUUGAGUAGCAGGUUGAUAGUUUCAACAGGGGGUCAAUAUUGACUGAAAGAAAGAAUUUUUUUCAGGCACUUGAAAGCAUUUGAUAAGGCUGGUGUUUGGCAAAGAUGGAACAGGAAAUUGGUUUGUGAAAAACAUUGUAGUAAAGAUAUAUAGUUAAGAAGUAUACAGUGUAGGACUUCCUUCUACAAGAUAAUGAAAAGUAUUAAACAAAAGCAUAGAUAUCUAUCAGCUCUUACACAGAAAAGGCAACUUGGUCAUCUAACCUGGUUGCAGAGGGGAAUGGAGGAUGGAUGAAAGAAUAAUAGCAGAUGUGCUUCAGACUUAAAAGGGGGGGGAGGAGGAGAGGGAUAAAAUUUUAGUAUAGUCAUGAAGGAAAGGUCAUUGUGACAUAAAAGUAUUAGAGAAAACUAAACUCAGAAUAGGUGGAUGGAAAGAGAAUGGGAUGGGAAAAACAAGAGGAACGAUAGGAGCAUUGACCAUGCAUGUAUUGAAAUGUGCUUCCAGGUAUGUACUUGUAGAGGAGGGUGAGGUCGAAAUUGGACACACAAAUAAGAUGAUUAUGGUUUAAUAUGUUAUGGAUGACAUCCUUUUCAGCAGAAACGUCCCAAUGUUUGCCUUCAGUGAUUUGGAGGUACAUGUGAAAAAAAACUUUAUCUGUAUGGCCAAAUGGGGAUUUAAACUCCCCAUUCUUCCUGAAUGCAAGUCCAUUGCAUUAGCCAAAGUCCCACUUGCUCAUUAGAACAGAUGAUGGCAAAUAUACUUGUUUGUAUUCAUUGUGGUUAGAAUGUUACUGCUAGGAAGCUGAUGAGGCCUGCUGGCUUGGAUUGAUAAAUGAGUGCUUUUCUAUUAUUGUCUUGCACUGCUUCCAAGAACAAUCAUAUGAUGAAAAACCAGAAACUUGCCAUUAGCAUUAUUUUUCUUUCUAAUUUCUUGUCCAAUUUUUCUGUCCUUUUGUAUUCAUAUUCUUCCAUAAUUGUUAUUGCUGUUGGAGUAUUAGAUAAGAACACUGUAUAAGGUAUAUGGUUUUUUAGAGUGGAACAAGAAGACAUGUUAAGUAUUACAGCAAUAGUUGAAAGCCUGGAAGCAAUGUGAGAGAAGAGAAUAGUAUUUCAUGUUUUGCUAACAAUAAAUUAUUACUGGUGGAGUAAUUCAAUAUUUGCUAACAAAAGUGUUUAAUAUUAAGUGCACUUGUAAAAUGAUUCAUCUUUUUACAGUACAAAUAAGCACCUAUAUUUUGCUGUCUGCGUGGUACUCGUGUACAGAGUGUGGCUCCUAAUUUGAACUUGUACAUGUACAAAUAAAAUCAAACCCUGUGGGAAAAUAAAUUAUCCAAUUCUUCUUUA